AUUCCCAAUUUCUCCCAACUCAUCCUAAAAUUUACCCAAAUACACAAAACCCAAUUCCAAUUCGUUGGACUCCUUUCCUCGGCCACCGCCUUCAUCCUCGUCGUCGGUUUCUUUCUCCAGCUUAAGCCUCCGUCUUUAUCCUCAAAUUCGAUUUCUUUUCUUUUUUGGCUUUGUGAAUCUGAGAGAUCGGAGCAAAGCGAUUAAAAGAAAACAGAAAUUAAAUUCAUAAAACAAAGACCAAGACUCAAAAUCAUGGACGGUGAUUCAUGGAGCGCUCGUCUUUCCACCGCCUCAAAGCGUUACCAAUCCGCUCUUCAAUCUCGAUCUGAUAUGUUCAUGGGAUUUGAAGAAAUUGAUGGAGAUGACGAUAUAAGGGAGGAAUUUCCAUGCCCGUUUUGCUCAGAAUACUAUGAUAUUGUAGGAUUGUGCUGUCACAUAGAUGAAGAGCACCCGGUGGAGGCAAAGAAUGGGGUGUGCCCAGUUUGUUCAUUGAGGGUGGGGAUUGAUAUGGUUGCGCACAUUACCCUACAACAUGGAAAUAUAUUCAAGAUGCAGCGCAAGAGGAAAACACGGAAAGGUGGAGCUCAUUCAACACUGUCAUUGUUGAGGAAAGAGCUGCGGGAAGGAAACUUGCAGUCUCUUUUUGGGGGCUCUUCCUGUUUACUUUCCUCAUCCAAUGUAGCAGCUGAUCCAUUGUUGUCAUCAUUUAUUCUACCCAUGGCUGAUGAUUUUGUCAGUGUUCAGCCUCACUUUUCAACGGAAACAAGCUUAGCCAAGAAAAGCACAGAGAAAGUAUUAGAACGAAAUGUGAAGUCACCUCCUUUGUCUGUCAAGGAUAAGGAAGAGAAAGUAAAAAGAUGUGCAUUUGUUCAGGGGCUGUUGUUGUCCACCAUCCCUGAUGACAGGUUAUGAAGUUUCUAGAGGAUGCCGCAGGAGUUGAGUUUCACAAUCAAGAGCCCCUGCCUUCUGUUCGUUGUUUGUAGCAAGUAUGCCAAUGUAUGAAACACACAGUGUGUGUCGAAUAAGCUGUAGGAGAGUGUUGAGUGUAAUUAUGUGGCAUGUCAACUUUAGUUUAUAGGCCUGAACAAAACUUGAUACCAUCAGUUAUUUUCAGGUCGUUAUUAAGUUUAAAGGAAAAAAAAAAAAAGUAAUUUCUCUUUUCA